AAAGGUACCACACUCUGGGAUGACAAAACUCUCCAAAAGAUGACUGAAGAGAACUCCCAGCAUGGCAGUGAGUUUAGAAUCAGCGCUUCUGAUUCCUUGGAGGAGAAGUUCUCUCUGCUGGACGUCAGUGACUCUCUGAAGGCCAGCUUCCUGGGUGGUUUGAUUGAAGUUGGGGGAUCUGCAAAGUAUCUAAAUGAUCAGAAGAAAUCCAAAAAUCAAAGCAGAGUCACAUUUCAGUACAAAGCUACCACCAUUUUUAAACGGCUAAACAUUUCUACUGAGGAAAUGAAUAAAACACAGCAGAUUGGUGUUAUUGUGAAGAGCUGUGCCACACAUGUUGUCACCGGCAUCUCUUAUGGUGCAAAUGCUUUCUUUGUGCUGGACAGUGAGAAGUUAGAUGAGAGCAGUGCUCAAGAGAUCAAAGGCAACAUUAGAGCUGUGAUAAAUAAGAUUUUCAGUUUAAGUGCAAGUGGGAAAGUUGACCUCAAACUGUCUGAUACAGAAAAGGCGGUGACAGAAAAAUUCACCUGCAAGUUUUACGGAGACUUAAUUCCUGAAAGCAACCCUGUGACGUUUGAAGAAGCAGUGAAAACGUACAGAAAAGUUCCAGAACUUCUUGGAAAGAACAAAGAAAACACUGUUCCAGUAAAGGUCUGGAUGAUGCCGCUGAAGAACUUUGAUCCGUCAGCAGCUGAGAUGACGACUGACCUCAGCCCUGGUCUUGUGAGAAAAGUUCAAAAAGCCCGGGAAGAUUUCCACAAACUCAACAUCAGAUGCAACGAUUGUCUUGAAGGCAGCUUUGUGUUCCCAAAAAUCAAAGAAAGGUUGGAGAGUUUCCAAGAACAGUGUAAAAUCUAUGAAGGGAAACUUCUGGAUGUGAUUGCAAAAAAGAUUACGUCCAUCAGGGCAGGAGAAGAAGAUGAGACGGAGUUGUUGAAGAUCCUGGUUGACAGUGAAAAGUCUCAUUUUAGUAGUGAGAAUCUAAUGAAGUGGAUGAUUAAUAUUGAGAGAGAAGUCAGUGUAAUCACUUUGUGUUUAAAGGAAAUGAAGGGAGCAAAGAUAGUCCAAAGUGAGGCAGAGUUGGUGGAGGAGUUUCUUAAUCCUGAAGUCCAGGAUGUCCUCAGCUUUGUUUUCACUUCUCUGGAAACUACAGAUCCUUAUCUUGAUAAAAUGAAGGACUACCUGGAUCCUCAGGCUAUGAAGGCUUCUGAGGACAUGGAUCAAUCCACAAAUGAACUACCACCCUUCCCACAAGUAGAUUUACUUAAUAUGACAAGAAAAGCUGAAGAAUUUGGUACAUUUGUUAAAGGUUUAAAGAACAACAAUAAGUUCAGAUUCCUUGUAGCGGUCAUAAAAAAUAAGCAACACCAAGGAGCAACCAUCUACCACUACAGGAAUAGGAGGCUGCUCAUGGAAGACUUCUCCAAACCAGAUGUCUGUGAUGUGGAAAAAGCAACAGAUAGAAGAGAUCUGAUUUGGUAUGCUUGUGAUCUGACCUUUGAUCCAGACACAAUAAAUGGACAUCUUACUCUUUCUCAAGGAAACAAGAAGUUGAUGCAUGGAUAUCCACAGUCCUAUCCUGAUCACCCUGAGAGAUUUGAUGCUUUACCUCAGGUUCUGUGUAAGGAGUCACUGACUGGACGGCAUUACUGGGAGGUGGAGCUGAGCACCGACAAAGGCAGAGAUGCUGCUGCUGCUGUGUGUUAUAAAGGAAUACACAGAAAGUCGAACACGGGAUGGGAUGGGAUUGGAUGGAAUACCAUAAGCUGGUCAUUGGGCCACAAGUGGGAACCCCAACCGAUUUUCUAUGCUGAGCAUAACUCAAACAACCGACCAGAUAAUGCAAUUUGUUACCCUCUACCGCACACUGGCUGCGUACGCCUAGGAGUUUUUCUGGAUUGGCCUGCAGGCACUUUGUCCUACUACAUAGUCGCAGGGGAAAAACUGAGUCACAUUCACACUUUCCACACCAGAUUCUCAGAGCCUGUGUACCCAUGUUUCAAGAUCUGGCCUAAAAACAGUUACAUCCUCCUGUGUUUCUAAACAUUGAGUUAGAAGAUUCAAUCCAGACCCAGAUGUUCAUAAUAAGGGAAUAUUUUUGCAAAAGUAUUAUUUUGGCAAUUGAAUGAAAUAACAAAUCAGUUUAUUACAAAACAGACUGAACAACAAUAUAUUGAUGACAAUAAAAUAAUAUUAAGAAUCAGAAAUAAACUGGCUUAAGAUAAGAUUUUCUAGUCCCGUGUGUGGACCCAUGCAGUCUAUGUGGAGCAACGGCCUAAUCGGUGAAAAGCUCUUGUGAAAGGUUUCCAUUUCAGUUCUGACUUCCUGUUAAGCAUCUCGUUAACAGGGAGUUACAUCAUUAGAGUUUGUUAUUCCACACAGAAUGUUUGAACUAAGGCACGCUGGUGGAGCAGUGGGUAGCGUGACGCAUGUAUGGAGGCCUUAGUCCUCAACGCAGUUUAACUCCGACCCGCGGUCCUUUACAGGGUCGGAGUUUGGUCCAAUAUUUGGACCAAUAGAGGAGAGAUCCAGAGUUAGCUCACAGCUUCAGCUGCUUCAGCUAGGA